AUGGGGUUAACAUCGAAGUUGGACAAAUUGAAGAUAGUGGGGGACCACCACCACCACCCCGGCGCCGACGCCACCCGCGGCCACAGUGCCGACGUCGUCGACGGCGCCGCGGGGGCCCCGGUUGCCACCGACACCGACGACAUCGAUGAAGUGGAUAACGAGGGCCAGCUGAUCCUCAUGAGCAUCAUCUCGCAAUUGCGUCCCGGGUGUGACUUGCUGAAGAUAACAUUGCCCACGUUUAUCCUCGAGAAGAAGCUGAUGUUGGAGCGUAUCACCAACUUCUUCGAGAUCCCCGAAUUGUUGUUGGCAGCCAAUACCGAGCUGGACCCGGUGGAACGCUUUGUGCUUAUCACGAGAUGGUACCUUGCUCUGUGGCACAUCGCCCCCAAGGCGGUUAAAAAGCCCCUCAACCCGGUGUUGGGCGAGGUGUUCACGUGUUAUUGGGACGACUUGCCCGGCAAGCAACACGCCUACUACAUUGCCGAGCAAACCAGCCACCACCCGCCAAAGCUGUCGUACUUCUACAUCUGUCCCGAACUGAAGAUCCGUGUCGACGGGGUCGUGAUACCUAAGCUGAGAUUCUUGGGUAACCUGCUGGCAGCGUUGAUGGACGGGUGGGGCCACGUCACCUUAGGACAACAUAACGAGACCUACGUCAUGAACCAACCCAACGUCUACUGCCGGGGGAUCUUAUUCGGGAAGAUGCGCACCGAAUUGGGGGACCACAUGGUUAUCAAGUGUGAAAAAACUGGGUUGGAAGCCGAUAUUGAGUUCAAGACUAAAGGGUUCAUAUCUGGGACCUACGACGCCAUUGCCGGGACGAUCAAACGGUCGUCGACGGGUGAAGAGUUGUACUCGAUCUCCGGGAAGUGGAAUGAGGUGAUGGAUAUCAAGAACUUGUCUACGGGCAAGAAGAAGGUGUUGUACGACACCGCGACCCUGAAGCUCGACAAGCCUAAGGUGAGACCCAUCAACGAACAAUGGGAGUUUGAGUCGCGCAAAUUGUGGAAGCCGACGGUGGAUGCGUUGGCUCAACGUAACCACGAGGUGGCGACGGAGGAGAAGUUUAAGGUAGAAGACGACCAGCGUCAACGGGCCAAGAAGCGCGUCGACGACGGCGUCGAGUGGUACCCCAAGUUGUUCCGGUCGGUCCACCAAGACGAGCCCGAGUUGCAAGACCUUGAGUACGUCAUUUACAAACCUUUGGACCUCAACGACCCCCCCAAGGUGUUGGAGGAGAAAGUGCUCGAGAUCGCCCCCAUCUUGCCUGGCCAACACUUCGAAGACAGGUUCGAGAUUCCUGCGUUCAAAAAGAGCGGCUAG